CGCCGCUGUCAUCUGCAUCGUCAUCGUCAGGCCAGGUGAGCCGAGGUCAUCCUCUCCUUGUGUACAUUGGUGUCAGAUGGUUGUUUUUUGUUUUUUUUUAUAUAUUUGAUGUCAGAUGUUGGAUGUUCGAUAUAAGAUUUAUGAUGAUUGCUGUUAGAUGUUUGAUGUUGGAUGUUUGAUGUUGGAUGUCUUAUGUUAGAAGUUAUGACGCCUUACGGCGAGCGGGACAAGCAUGACAUCAAUACAGUAGAGAUCGGUUAUGUCCUCGGCCUCAGGGGGUUUGCCAAAAAAGCGUCGAGAUAACCGACGAUCGAGAUAGCCGAGGAGAAAAUGCUAAGACAAAAAAUAAGAGAGAAUUUGGCGAUGCCACUUCAACAAAAAAAAAAGUCGACCUGACAGGGUUGGCGAGUUAGCCGAGGUCGAGAUAAGCGGGUUCGGCUGUAAUUGAUUCAUAUCUCACUCAUCAUUUCCGCGCUAUUCACCUGAUCUAUGUUUGUUCUUGAGCAUCUGACCUUUUUUUCUUUUUUGUCCCAUUGCUGCGCGCCACUGGGAUAUCUGUUUGAUUUUAAAAAAAUAUAUAUAUUUAAAAAAACGAGUCUUACAACUUCCUCCAAAUUUCAUUUCAGGUCUUCACACGUCGACGAGCUACUUUUUCCUGUCGCUGUCCGUCGCUGACCUCUUGGUGGGCGUGGUCGUCGUGUCCUUGACCUUGGUGCACAAGCUCGACAUCGACUACCUGGCCAGUGAGUGAAACAUGAAAAUUGCUAAAUUUUAACCUGAAACGGAACAAUGUUACAGGACAAUUUAACAUGACAAUGCAACAUAACAAUUUCACAGAACAAUUUAACGGAACAAUUUAAUGGAACAAUUUAACAGAAAAAUUUAACGGAACAAUUUAAAGGAACAAUUUAACUGAACAACUUAACGGAACAAUUUAAUGGAACAAUGUAACAGAAAAAUUUGAACGGAACAAUUAAACAUAACAAUUUAACAUAACAAUGUAACAGGACAAUUGAACAGGCCAAUUUAAAAGGACACAUUAACAGGACAAUUUAACAGAACAAUGUAAAAGAGCAAUUUAAUAGAACGCUAUUUGAACAAGAAGCAACAAGUAAACUCCAGCUUAAUUUUCUUUUUAAGCGUUGCAGAAAUGGAGACUUUAGUGUUUUUCUUCCACUGCAUCACUUCAUCUUUAGUACUAAGACGCACAGUAAAAUGUUGCGCAUUUUUUGGUAUCAGAUCACUACGUAAAAUGUCGGGCUAGCAUCACAAAAGACACCAUCAAACUAAACUCCAUCAGACCAGCCACCGUCAUGAGAGAUCUCAUCAAACUAGAUACCAAAAGACUGGACAUCACCAGACGAGAUGUAUUCCUACAAGACGUCAUCAGAAGAGACACCAUAAGACUGGACAUCACCAGACGAGACACCAUAAGACUGGACACCGCCAGACGAGAAAGCAUGAAACUGGACACCACCAGACGAGAAAGCAUGAAACGAGACACCAUCAUGCAAGACAUCACCAGAGUAGACACCAUAAGCCUGUACACCACCAGACGAGACAUAUUCAUACAAGACAUCAUCAGACAAGACACCAUAAGACUGGACACCCCCAGACGAAACAGCAUGAGACUGGACACUCCCAGACGAGACACCAUAUGACUGGACACCACCAGACGAGACACCUGUAAGACUGGACACCACCAGACGAGACACCUGUAAGACUGGACACCACCAGACGAGACACACGUAAGACUGGACACCACCAGACGAGACACCUGUAAACUGGACACCACCAGACGAGACACCUGUAAGACUGGACACCAGCAGACGAGCCACACGUAAGAAUGGACACCACCAGACGAGACACACGUAAGACUGGACACCACCAGACGAGACACACGUAAGACUGGACACUCCCAGCCGAGACACCGUAAGACUGGACACCACCAGACGAGACACCAUAAGACUGGACACUACCAGACGAGACACCUGUAAGAUUGGACAUCACCAGACGAGACACCUGUAAGACUGAACACCACCAGACGAAACACAGUAAGACUGGACACCACCAGACGAGACACCUGUAAGAAUGGACACCACCAGACGAGACACACGUAAGACUGGACACCACCAGACGAAACACACGUAAGACUGGACACCACCAGACGAGACACCUGUAAGAAUGGACACCACCAGACGAGACACACGUAAGACUGGACACCACCAGACGAAACACACGUAAGACUGGACACCGGGAGACGAGACACCUGUAAGACUGGACACCCCCCAGACGAAACAGCAUGAGACUGGACACUCCCAGACGAGACACCAUAAGACUGGACACCACCAGCCGAGACGACGGCAUAAAAAAAAACAGGUCAAAUCUAACUCCACUAACAAGUCUACAUCUGAAAAUCCACGCCCUGUCCGUGUCACUGCGACCCCCCCCCCCCCACAAAGGGCGCAUUGAUAAAGUAAACAACUCAAUUAUAUGUUAAUUAUCUCAUUAAUUCUGUUCAAAGUAGAACGAGAUUCGUCAUCACGUCUCCAGUAGACCCAAGUAUCCUAAAGAGGCAAUCAGGAUAUUAUUGAUGUGGGGGUAAUAAAAAGGAAGACUUUUCACAAAAAGAAAAAGAAAAAAAAACGCAUUUCGUAAAGAGCAGUGGUUCUCAACCUUCCUAAUCCCUCGACCUUUCAAUAUAGUUCCUCAUGUCGGGUUGACCCCUGACCAUACAAUUAGUUUCGUUGCCACUUAAUAAAUAUGUGUUUUGCGUUGGUCUUAGGCGACCCCGUUGUCAGGGUCGUUCGGCCCUUAGAGGGUUCGCAGCCCACAGGUUGAGAACCGCUGUUGUAGAGCAUUAAAUAAUUCUCUGCGUUGAUUAUAGGAUAAGACCAACAGGUAUGUCCAAACUGUGCGCCUCGGUGCCUUGAAGGCCAGGGCUUCCUCGCACAGGGGCCCCGCGAAGUGGUAAAAAAGAAAUUCAGAGAUUAUUCACAAUUCCGCAAUGCACUUGUUAUAAUUUAACUUAUGGCGCCCUCUGGGUGGGGUGGGGGGGAACUGGAAGCAACAAGGGGGCUAAAACUCGCGAUGGUUGACAAUAAUUUACCACUACCGGCAGUUGUGUUCUUUGUAGUGCACAGGAUAUGUGGCUAUUGACAUGUGACUAAGGACAUGUGGCUAAGGACAUGUGGCUAAGGACAUGUGGCUAAGGACAUGUGGCUAAGGACAUGUGGCUAAGGACAUGUGGCUAAGGACAUGUGGAUAAGGACAUGUGGAUAAUGACAUGUGGAUAAUGACAUGUGGAUAUUGACAUGUGGCUAUUGGCAGCUGGAUAAAUGACAUGUGGAUAAUGACAUGUGGAUAAUGACAUGUGGAUAAUGACAUGUGGAUAAUGACAUGUGGAUAAUGACAUGUGGAUAAUGACAUGUGUAUAAUGACAUGUGUAUAAUGACAUGUGUAUAAUGACAUGUGGAUAAUGACAUGUGGAUAAUGACAUGUGGAUAUUGACAUGUGGCUAUUGACAGCUGGCUAAAUGACAUGUGGAUAUUGAUAUGUGGCUAUUGACAGCUGGAUAAAUGACAUGUGGAUAAUGACAUGUGGAUAAUGACAUGGGGAUAAUGACAUGUGGAUAUUUUUGUAAGUACAUUAGUUAUUGACUUAGUGAAUCCCCAAAUAUGAUUACCUACAGCGUUGAUCUUCACAUUCGUGGAUUCACGCUUAUUUUCUGUUUUGACAGAUGCCAGUCGUGCAGCGUGCGUCGUGCCACCGUUUAUCGAGUUGGCGUGUGUGACAGCCAGCGUGUACUCACUCCUCUGUGUGAGCAUUGACAGGUACGCACCCACCUUGAUUGUAACACCUGCUCGGUACACUAAUUGUAAGAAAAAUUAACGCUGAUAGCUAUGAACACCCUGUGAAACUAAACGAGGUUACCUUUCAGUACAAAUUUAUGUACAGAGGAAAACACACCACUUUAACAAGAACUCUGUGUAAACUAAUGUACACAUAAGAUGUACUCACGAGGGCGAAAGCAAUGAAACACAUCAAAUAUAUUAUAGAAAUAGAGUAGUACAGUCAUCUUAUAAUAAAGAGCUAAGUACCCACCUCUAGACCAACAUACAUAAAUAAGUGUACAUGUAUGAACACUCUUCUUUAGCGAAAAAAUUAAUCCACACCAUUAUACUUCCAUAAUCUCGAGGCCAAAGUUUCUUCAAUGUCGAUUCCCAAGAAGUCCAUAAUUUGGUAGGACGAAGAAGUUCUUCUGGUUCUGGUAGUGCUCGUUGCUGCAGCCAUACACUUUAACUUCAUCAGAAAACACUUUGUGUUACUAAACUAUAAACACCACUAGGACUUGCUUGUUAAAAAAAAUUAAAAAUGCACAGAAUUGUUUCAAUAUCAUUAUGUCUCAAUGUCACGGUCAGAUCACGUGAUCCUGUUUUGUGUCUGUCUUGAUGAUUUUUGUCAGUGAGCGAUACUGCCUUUUUUAAAGGGGGAGGGCGUCCAUCAGUAUUUGAAAGGGGGGGGGGGGGGGUUUUGGAACGUCCCCCAUGCAUCGCGCCGCGUUCACUAAGCCACGAAGGAGCUACGACGCAUCUCCGGUGUGGCGCGAUAGAUUUUGUUAUGAGCGAAAAGAAGUCAUUCUUUAAGGUUCUUCUGGUCCUGGUAGUGCUCGUUCCUGCAUCCACAUACCGGGCAGAUGUGCAGUGGAUUUGGGGAAGCGAUGGUUCCAUCCUACCAGCUCCUAGCAGAUGCCAGGGCACCCUUGAAGCCUUCGACCGAAGUCGAGUCCACAGCGGCACUGGUUCCAAGCGAUCAUUGUGCGUGGGAAAAGAAUGAUCGUUUAUACUGCACGGGGUGGGAUUGAGUGGGUGGUUUUGGUUGAGCUGGGUACACCUUGGAUGGUGGGCAGAAGUUUCCACUCUCAUGGUGUGAACAGCUGGGUACACCUUGGAUGGUGGGCAGAAGUUUCCACUCUCAUGAUGUGAACAGCUGGGUACACCUUGGAUGGUGGGCAGAAGUUUCCAUUCUCAUGGUGUGAACAGCUGGCUACACCUUGGAUGGUGGGCAGAAGUUUCCAUUCUCAUGGUGUGAACAGCUGGGCACACCUUGGAUGGUGGGCAGAAGUUUCCAUUCUCAUGGUGUUAACAGCUGGGUACACCUUGGAUGGUGGGCAGAAGUUUCCAUUCUCAUGGUGUUAACAGCUGGGUACACCUUGGAUGGUGGGCAGAAGUUUCCACUCUCAUGGUGUGAACGCGGUUUCUGUUUAGUGCGUAAAUAAUUCAAGACCAUUCGUUUGAUACAAACCAUCGCGUGAAGUUCUUUGAAGCGAGACUGAUACGAAGUUGUAGACUUAGAUGUAGUUUUCUGAGGCCGUACGGAGGGGGGGCCUACCCCUAGACGACUAUUCGCCACAGUGGAAGGGGGGGGGAUGCUUGUCCUGGGAGAUUUUAUUGUUAGCUUUCCCGAAAACCUGUCUGAGAAAUGUUGUUGUUUUUUUAAAGCAUCAUACUCUGUAUCUAGAGUGUUACCAUAUCUCAUCUGUCUCUUUUGUGUAAUAUAUCUUAUACCCAAUUGCGCAGCAAGUGUUUGUGCCACCCCAAGGGUGUGGGGGGGGGGGCGAAGAUUGCUGCCGACCCUUUCCUUUACACACAAAAAAAACCUCUGCAGUAGGCCGAAAUGCUAGCCCCUUGAUAUAAAGAAAAAAAUUGCCACCCGGGGCUAAUCGCCCCCCCCCCCUUUUCCACUCCCCCUUCCUACGUCACUGUUGAAACCCGUGUUUGGUCUUUUAAUACAACCCUCCCCCCCCUACUUGACCGUCCUCACCAGAUACAGGUCGAUAGUACCCCCCUUUUCCACUCCCCCUUCCUACGUCACUGUUGAAACCCGUGUUUGGUCUUUUAAUACAACCCUCCCCCCCCUACUUGACCGUCCUCACCAGAUACAGGUCGAUAGUCCUGGCCAGGAAGCCCCCCUCUGACGUGUCCAUCGUUCUGUCCUUCCUCCUGGUCUGGACCUGGUCGUUUCUCUACGCCUCCAGGAUCUUCGUCCAGGACUAUUUCACCGACAACGACGGGUCGUCCGACGGCAGCGAGACCAACGCCACCGACCAGCUGCAGGCGCUAACACCGGAACACAACAGGACGGUCCCGGACGACCAUGACAUCACAGAUACGUCAUAUUGUAGCAUACUGGUCGAGGAGGAUGAUGCAGAUCUACCGUUUAGGUCAGUUCGAAGCCAUGGUCUAAGGCAGUGGUUCUCAACCUCCCUAAUGCCACGACCCUUUUUAUCAUUUCCUCAUGUUGUGGUGACCCCUAAGCAUACACUUAUUUUCGUUGCUCCUUUAUAAAUAUGUUUUUUUCCCGAUGGUCUUAGGUGACCCCUGUGUAAGGGUUGUUCGAACCCCAUAGGGGUCGCGACCCACAGGUUGAGAACCACUGGUCUAAGGGGUCGGUGAGAUGGUGAUGGUUGAGGGGGGAGGGGGGACUUAAUCGCAUCACAAUGACGAGAGAUUCGAUAUAGUAAUGGUGGUUAAAAAAAGUUCUGUACAUUUAUUGUAUAUGUAAAAAUAUAUGUUGAUUGAAUACAAGCAAAGGUACUUGAGAUAGGUGAGGUGCAGGUUAGAUUAGGUUGCUACUGGUGAGGUACGAGUGAGAUAAAGCUUAUGUAUAGGGGCUACAGGUCGGGGGAUGUGAGGCAUGAGUGAUACAGAUAAGGUGCACUGGUAAGCUAUAUGUGCUUAUAAAUGAGAAACAGGUAAAAUAUUGUGCUAUAUAAGUGACAAACAGGUAAUGAAUGUGUGCUAUAUAAUAGAGAAACAGUAAAGUAUGUUGCUGUAUAACAGAGACAGUAAUUUAUAAUGCUAUAUAAGAGAGGUGUAUGUGAAAUAAACUUGGCAUUUGUAAAAACAUCCACAAAUCACAAUACAUCGGGGGGGGGGGGGGGGGGGGGAAAGGACCCACCACACAAAACAAUUUUUCCCCAUUAUUGUUUUUCCCCCCCCCCCCCAAUAGAUUGGCCGACAUCCUGAUGUUGUUCAUCAUCCCGGUGGCCGCCAUGACCUACAUCUUUGUGCAGAUCCGGCGCCGCCUGUGGGGGUCCAGCAUCGGCGUCACCACCAACGUCCGGAAGAAGCGGUCCGUCAUCCGAUUCCUGGCGUUCGACAUCCUCGUGUUCGUCCUGUGCUGGCUGCCCUUUUACAUGGUGGACAUCGUGUCGGACUCCGUCAAGCUUAUCCUAGGUGAGAGGUUUACGUUCAUCCGUUAUCCAUGGAUUAGCCUCAUUCAUUCAUACGCCUCGUCGGUUCAAUCGACAUCAUUCAGUCCCCUCGCCUUCAUGACAUCACCAAGUAUCCGCAGAGCUGUCCAGCUGUAUAUAGUAGAAUUUUUCUUAUCCAUGGCACGCCAUCCAUUUUAUUAUCCAAUUGUUGCUCCUAGCAAUGUAUAGCAAAUAAUCCAUUGCAAUCCACUCAUAAAUAAUCUCUUAAUGAGCGAAGAUUGAGCUCGCACAAUCAAGUAGCAAACAAUCCAUUGCAAUCCACUCAUAAAUAAUCUCUUAUUUGAGCAAAGAUUGAGCUCGCACACUCAAGUAGCGAAUAAUCCAUUACACUCCACACAUAAAUGAUCUGUUAUUGAGCACAGCUUGAGCUCACACCCGGCCGCCUUACAACAAAGGCCACUGUUGGUUGCCAUCAGUAUCUACUUAGACGCAUAAAUGCCAAAGGGAUCGCCCCCACUCAAAUCGGUGUUGUCAGUGUCAGAAGUCCCCAUGUGCCCUGCGUGUUUUUGGUGCAAGAAGUUCCCAUGUGCCCUGUGUGUUUUUGGUGCCCCCACGAUAAGGAACCUAGUAUUUUCUACACUGAUAUUUAAUUACUGAGAUAAUUACUGUUUGCUUUAACCAAUAGCUAUUUUAAAUAUAUAUAUAUAAUCUACUGAUUUUAUAUAUAUAUAUAUAUAUAUAUAUAUAUAUAUAUAUAUAUAUAUUUAUUUAUUUACUCACUUGAGCUGGGGGUUGGAUACAUUUGUGAUGGAUGUGCUACUUUCUAUGCCUCCAUAAUCUACCUAUUUAGUGAUUACUAUUAAUACACAUCAUUUCAUCUUCACAUAUCUCCAAAAAUCACUACACAUCAACAUACAUCAACAAUCUACGCACAUUUCCACACGUCUCCACAUUUCCUCACACUUCCACAUAUCUCCACACUCAUGCAGCCAUCUCUACACAUCUCAACCCAUCAAAACGCAACAACACAUAUCCACAUAUCUCAACACACCUCCAAACAUCUCGACACACCUUCACUCCACACAUUUACCCCCCCCCCAACCCCAAGCCCAGGUAAUGCAUCAUCACCUUCUAAUUUUUGAUCACUCUUCAUAUCAGGUAACGUAGAGGACGAUGAAGUCGAUGAGAACCAAGUGUACGUCCUCUUACGUUUCUUCUUCAUCAUCCUUGCCCUCAGCAACAGCUUUUUGAAUCCCCUCAUAUACGCCUUCUUCAACAAGAACUUCAUGAACGAGGUAGUUAACAUACGUCGUCUUAAUUGUGUUGGAGAUUAACCUCAGAGAUGUACAUACGCCCACCGUUAGGCCUAUCAAUCAAUGUCUGAUCGUAGACAACAGUGGAGAUAUCGUACUUCAGCUUUAUGGGACCUGUAAUAAUCGCGAGCGAGAGAGAAGGAGAUAGAGAGACAGAGAGAGAGAGAGAAAGAGAGUGAGAGAGAGAGAGAGAGAGAGAGAGAGAGAGAGAGAGAGAGAGAGCAAAAGAUACAAAGAGAGAGACUCAGAGAGACAGAGAUGUAUAUUUUUGUAAAAUACAAAAUACUAACAUUCAUUAUGACCUUAAGAAGAUAACGAUAAGGGGUUUUUUUUUCUCUCCAUACACACUGCUGCACUGUGUAAAAUUGCGUCUAGUUCCCCGGAAGUUAUACCUGUUUCAGCUACUAUUUAAGAAAAAAAAAAGUAUAUAUUGAUAAUAUAUUAGUUACAACAUUAAUUUAAAACAAGCAGCAGCAUUCAAUCUUUCUACUCAACUGCAGGUCCGACUGAUGCUCUCCAAGAGCUGGUGUGGCACCUGCGCCCUCAACAGAGUGGUGCCCGUGAACACAGAUGAAACCCAGGCCAGCGGGUUACCGGAGGAGCCGGUCAUCAUCACGACAUGACGUCACCAAAACUAGACGAGAAUGAAUCCAGACUUUCGCACCGAUGGCUUGAGGCUACGAAGAAUAUUUUUCCCCAUGGCUGACGUUAAGAUAUUUUUUUGGUUUAAAAGAUUCGACUUAAUGCGCUAUGUACACAUUUGUAUGUGUGUCUGUAUGUGUGUGUGUGUGGCGCACUUUGCAAGGAAUAAGGAAUGCUGGACGUUAUAACCCAAAUGUACAAUUAAGUUCUCCAAAUGGACUAAUGAUGAUUGACGUCCUUGAGGAGAUUAACUGCCUUGAGGAUGACUGCCUGUACCAGAGUUGACUGAAUGGAUCAAGGUUGACUGAAUGUACCAGUACCUAGGGUGACUGAAUGGAUCAAGGGUGACUGAACGCACCCAGGGUGACUGAAUGUACCAAUGUUGACUGAAUGUACCAAGGUUGACUGAAUGUAUCCGUAGCUAGGGUGACUGAAUGGAUCAAGGGUGACUGAAUGUACCAAGGCUAACCGAAUCUACCAAGGGUGACUGAAUGUACCAAGGGUGACUGAAUGUACCAAGGCUAACCGAAUGUACCAAGGGUGACUGAAUGUACCAAGGCUAACCGAAUGUACCAAGGGUGACUGAAUGUACCAAGGCUAACCGAAUGUACCAAGGGUGAUUGAAUGUACCAAGGUUUACUGAAUGCACGAAGGUUGACUGAAUGGACCAACGUGGGCUGAACGUACUAAGAGUGCAUACAUGUACCAAGGGGGGCUUCUUGUAUCACGUGACUACAGUCAAAACGUAAAUCCAUCGUGCAUUAUCAAAAGUUGUAUACAUAUUUUCAUCAAUGUUUGUGUCUGGACUUUGCGUCAAACGGUGGACUGCUGAUGCCUGCUGUCUUUUUUUUUUUUAUUUACACAACUUGUUUUGGAUCACGUGAUAUUGUGAUCAGGCUGGUUUUUGGAUCAUGUUGCUGUUCGGGUCACCCGAUAUUCGGACCACGUUACAUUCGGAUCAAUUGGUAUUUGUAUCACGUGAUCUUGGGAUCACGUGGUAUCUUUGAGGUAUGAGGUGUUUUUAAAGCUAACGAAACGCUUGGAAGCCAUAAUCCAGGGGCGUUCCUCUUGGAAUCUAGGUGGGUUCCUUUUGGAAUCCAGGUGUGUUCCUCUUGGAAUCCAG